AUGGAUGCUAUAGUCCUGAUUCAAAGGAUUAGCUCACUUCUGGACUGUGUCAAACUACAUGUGUCUAGUAGUGUUUUUCUGUCAUCUGGCAGGUCUGUGCUCUGUAAGGAGAUGAAGCUCCCCAGCAGAGCAGUCAAACCUCCCUCUCCAUCUGACUUUUUGGACAAACUGAUGGGACGCACAUCUGGCUACGACGCUCGCAUCAGACCUAACUUCAAAGGUCCUCCUGUCAACGUCACCUGCAACAUCUUCAUCAACAGCUUUGGAUCCAUCACUGAAACAACCAUGGACUACCGGCUCAAUGUGUUUCUGAGACAGCAGUGGAAUGACCCUCGCCUGGCAUAUAAGGAGUAUCCUGACGACUCUCUGGAUCUGGACCCUUCCAUGUUGGACUCCAUUUGGAAACCUGAUCUUUUCUUUGCAAACGAGAAAGGAGCAAACUUUCACGAGGUCACAACGGACAACAAGCUGCUCCGGAUAUUUCAGAAUGGAAACGUCCUCUACAGCAUCAGGCUUACACUCACCCUCUCCUGUCCCAUGGAUCUGAAAAACUUCCCCAUGGACAGUCAGACGUGUACGAUGCAGCUUGAGAGCUUUGGCUACACCAUGAAUGAUCUUAUUUUCGAGUGGCUGGACGUGGGAGCGGUGCAGGUGGCCGAUGAUCUCACGCUCCCUCAGUUUGUGCUGAAAGAGGAGAAAGGCCUCGGGUACUGCACCAAACACUAUAACACAGGUAAAUUCACCUGCAUCGAGGUCAACUUCUACCUGGAGCGUCAGAUGGGUUAUUACCUGAUCCAGAUGUACAUACCCAGCCUGCUCACCGUCAUCCUGUCCUGGGUCUCCUUCUGGAUCAACAUGGAUGCUGCUCCAGCCAGGGUUGGACUAGGAAUCACUACGGUGCUCACCAUGACCACACAGAGCUCUGGCUCCAGGGCCUCCCUGCCAAAGGUGUCCUACGUCAAAGCCAUUGACAUCUGGAUGGCGGUGUGCCUCCUGUUCGUGUUUGCUGCACUGCUGGAGUACGCUGCUGUUAAUUUUGUUUCCCGGCAGCACAAGGAGUUCUUCAGGCUGAGGAGGAAGCUGAAGGAGCAACAGAGGCAAAGAACUCAGGCGAGUGGUGACAGUAAGGCAAAAGGAAACAACAUGUCAGGCAACAAUGCUCCUCAUGGGAACCAGCGGUGCAGUGUCUGUGCCAGGGAGGAGGAGCUGGCACAGCAGGGCUUACUCUUCCAGAGUUUUGGUCUCGCAAGUGCACCGGAAAUGGAUGCAACUCCAGUUUUUGCAGAUCUACCUCCAGGUUUAGGUUUCUAUGAUAUACGCAGGCGCUUUGUGGAUCGAGCCAAAAGGAUUGAUACCAUCUCCAGAGCUGUUUUCCCCAUGAGCUUCCUCAUGUUUAAUGUCCUCUACUGGCUUACCUACAAAGUUCUACGACAUGAGGACCUUCACGCUGCACUGUGACAACAUGACAGUGGAGCAUAAAGACACUGCAAACCUUCGAUUCUGCCCCCGUCACUGAAACAUUUACUGGCUGAGGGGCCUCAGCCAAGACAUGACAGAUGAGUUCAGACUGCAUGUCCAGUGGCGUUGAUUCAUCCAACGUCAUGGAAGUGUCCAUCUGUUUCAUUCAAUUUUUCAUACCUACAAAGAAAUGCACUUCCUUUUCGCACUGAUGCUUUAUGCAUCCCACCUUUAUGCAUUCCUCCUACAGUAUGAGAGUCCAGUAAGCAUCUGAAAUACAUUAGCUCAUGUUCCUGUCUUCAUUUCUAUAUGUGCAGCAAGGUUAUUGUAGUUAACUAAAGAUAACUAAAUAACUACAACUAAAAAGUA